AUGAUUGAGGGGGAAAGCGAUCUAGCGCGGAACAACGCUCUGACUUCCAAAGCUGGACUUACUCUGGGGGAGUCACAGAAAGGGUUCGAUAAAUGGGCACCUACAUACGACCAGGACAGUUUGGUACAUGGCUAUAGUGCACAUUUGCUGGCGUCCAAGUAUCUGUGUGACGUCAUUCCCCCGGACUCACGUGCUACUAGCCGAGUGCUAGAUAUCGGGGCUGGAAGCGGACUCGUGGCUAAAGAGCUUUGCUCGAAUGGUUUUAAGAAGAUAGACGCACUGGAUCCGAACGAAUCGAUGUUAAAAUACGCAAGGGAACAGAACCUGUAUGAGAAAUACUAUUUGGAAUUUAUAACAGCACAACCAACCUCUAUUCCUGAAAGCACGUACGAUGCUGUGACGGGGUCGGGGAUUUAUGCCGCCAACAACUAUGUGCCCUCAGUCGUUAUUCAUGAAAUAAUCAGAGUCGUUAAACCGGGGGGUUAUGUCGUGUUGGUGGCUCGGAACAUGCUGUUUGGUCCCGGACAGCCGUACGAACAACUGGAGCCGCUCAUGGCCAUUCUGGAGAAGAACGGGAAGUGGAAACAGGUCCAUCGUGACAUCCUGCCAUCUGCGUAUUUCACCAAACUGAACAUUGAUGCCAUUGUGUGGGUCUACCGGAAGCUUUAA